AUGAAGGUGAAAGACCACGGCGAACCUUCAUUAUCCAGUUACACAGAUGUCAAAAUAAUCAUAAGUGACAAAAUAUUGACAAACCAGCAUUUGCUGAACGGUGGAUCAUUGUUUGGAUUCAACACCGCUGCUGAGUUGCUGGCGGACGAGACUGUUGCAAUUGCUCUGGCGGUGCUGUUAGCUGUAAUACUAGUUCUAAUAAGCAUAUUUACACUGGUCAUUUGGCUUUUUGGUGUCGGUAGGAAAAGACGUCUAGAGUCGUAUAACGGUCAUGAAAGAAAAAAUGUGAAGUACAAGAAUAAAAAGAAUAAAGCAGAAGACUGUCAGCAAGCUACUGUAACGUCCUUAUCGGCAAACGGUCGCGCGGAGACUACCGUAGCACACAGUUCGUCCAUUGAGAAGGAGUUGAAAAUGGAUUUAACUAAUGUGCUGACCGAUGACGCGAAAACAACGUCAAAUCAUCAGGUCCUGAAUAUGAGUGAAGCAUGCGCAAAGCCCGUCGUGAUGUUCGUCAAGGAUCAGCACAAUUACCCCGACGUCAAUCAUCGGGAAAACAAAAACGGCAACAAAGAUAAAUUUUUUAAAAUAAAUUGGAUAAAUAAAACGCCGUCAUCUGACGUCGACGACAAAAGAAUGAAGAACCACGUGGUGAACACAGAUUGGUACAUGAAUCCCAUCGUAAAUGCAGCCGACAGCACCUUAUCAAGGCCUGACAAAGCACAGCACUACCAGUCUGACCUCAUUGAAUUCAACAGUGGAUUUUCCAACUUCUCUCUACUGAAACCAUUUUUAUUAAAUGAAAACUUUUCAUCUCCAAAGUAUUUGCCUCAAAACAGAGAAUUUGAACAAUGGCUGGACGACAUAUGAGCCGUUCAACCAUUCGUUAAAGCUUCUUUGAGCAACACAUAAAAAGCUAUUUAUUCAAUUUCUAAUUUAUUUUCUAUUUUAUUUUUGUGUUCCAAUUUAUGAUAUAUCUGUGUAAUAAAAUAUAAAAAAAAUGGAAAAU